UUGUACAAUGUCGUCGUCGCACCAUCCUAUUAAGGAGUCGUUUCUUGUGGGGAGAGCCUUGCUCAACUUCACAUCCAUCUUCGUAUCACUAGGAGUCUUUCUCUUUGGAUUCGAACAAGGGUUGAUGUCCUCCUUGCUUACCAACAAGUACUUCAAACAAUACUAUCGUAACCCAUCCCCAGCGGCAGUGGGGACCAUGAUUGCCAUUUUGGAGGUGGGUGCGUUAUUUUCAUCGUUUCUUGCGGGCAAAGUAGGCGAUAACAUUGGCCGUAGAAGAACCAUUCGUUAUGGUUCUGCCAUCUUUGUCAUUGGUGGGAUUAUCCAGACUUUCCUGGUCCACAUUGUCAACUUGGCUGUGGGUAGAUUGGUCAGUGGGGUUGCCAUAGGGUUCCUCACCACCAUUAUCCCCUGCUACCAAUCCGAAAUCAGUCCUCCGGACGACCGUGGUUUCUACGCCUGUCUUGAAUUCACCGGCAACAUUGUCGGCUACUCCACCAGUAUCUGGGUAGAUUAUGGGUUUUCCUUUUUAGAAAACGAUUUCCUGUGGAGAGUCCCUCUUUUCCUACAAUGCUUAGUGGGUACCUUGUUGUUUGCCGGGCUGUAUGUCAUUGUAGAAACCCCGAGAUGGCUCUUGGACCAUGACCAAGACCAUGAGGGAAUGAUUGUCAUUGCCGACUUGUAUGCCGAUGGAGACGUUGAAGAUGAAUCCGCCAAGGCCGAGUACCGUGGCAUCAAGGAGAAUGUCUUGAUUUCCCGUAUCGAAGGCGGUGAAAGACUGUACAGAUAUAUGUUUCAACGGUACAAGAAGAGACUCUCGAUUGCAUGUUUCCUGCAAAUGUUUGCCCAAUUGAAUGGGAUCAACAUUGUUUCCUAUUAUGCCCCCAUGAUCUUUGAAUCUGCUGGGUGGAUUGGACGUCAAGCCAUUUUAAUGACUGGGAUCAACUCCCUAGUCUACAUUGCCAGUACCAUUCCUCCAUGGUAUUUGGUUGAUGGGUGGGGUAGAAAGCCCUUACUCAUGACGGGUGCUGUUUUCAUGGGCAUUCCUUUACUUCUCAUCUCGAUUUCGCUCCGUGCCAACAACUCGUACACCCCAAACGUCGUGGUGGCCUGUGUAGUGAUUUUCAAUGCCUCCUUUGGUGCCAGUUGGGGUCCUAUCCCAUGGAUGAUGAACGAGGUGAUCCCCAACUCAGUAAGGUCCAAGGGGGCCGCAGCUCUGACGGCAACCAAUUGGCUUUUCAAUUUCAUUGUUGGAGAAAUGACCCCAAUUUUGCUUGAUGCCAUCACUUGGAAAACUUAUUUGAUUCCAGCUGCCUCUUGUGCCCUUUCCUUCUUCUGUGUCCAUCUUCUUUUCCCCGAAACAAAGGGUCUUACGUUGGAAGAUAUGGGUUCUGUAUUCGAUGACUCCUCGUCCAUCUUCUCGUUCCAUUCUCUGGGCAAUUAUGGUGCCACCGAAGACUCCUCAUCCAUCCAUAGAUCCACCAGUGUCAGUGCAGUAGACCAGAAUGACUUGUUCAGACAAUCGCCGGCAUCGAUUGCCCGGAACACCGCGCUCCUCAGACCAGACGAAGGUCUUCUUCAACUGCCCGUGAUUGCUCCAGUGGUGCCACCGGCGCAAUCGGCAUUGAAACCAACAAAAUCAGACACCGCGUCAUUCGACGGGUUGGGUCCUACCGACCUGAACAUCCCACCACAGGAAAUCGAGCCUCCAAACUACGACUCCAUCAUUGCCUUCAAGCGUGCAGAGGCACAAAGACUAGGAGUCUUUUCGAUCUUGCGCCGCCGAUUGUGGCCUGUCAAGCACGAAGACGAGGAGCAACCAUUGACUGGGUAGAUGGUUCACACGGUG